AAAUAAUAAUAAUAAAUAAUAAUAAAAUAUUAAAUAACAGUCGAGUAUAUUAAAAAAUAUUGAAUUACUCCCAACCCCCAAACACGCGAGACUCGUAACAAUACAGUGCACCAAGUGGCGGUUGGUUCUCCAAGCGCCAGAGGAAGAAAUCCAAGCAAGAUAAAUUAUGGGAUUUGAGAGGGACCAGCUGUCUCGUUCUAAAUCUGUUUUCAUAGUUGACGUAAAUUCGAGCUGAAUGCGGGUGCCGUAUUUUCUGAAGGGUCGAAUUUGAGCGGAGUCUUUGCGUAGAAAAAAAGUCAGGCAUUUUGGUAAGAAGAGAAGCUGCAAAAAAAAAAUAUUAGUCCAGAGGAAAUCUUUUAAACGAGAAAGAGACCAGAGAGAGUGAGAGUGUGAAUAUAACUACUACUAGUUCUGUAGUUCACCAAGAAACCUGCAGUUAAAGUAGACAUUUUCUCCAGUUGAAGGUACUAGAAAGAUUUUGUAUUUCUUUAAUGAAAAGCCGAGUCUUUGAUUUAAAUAGCAGUUACACUUUCGGGUUAGAGAGGUUCUUGAAGCUUUAUCUGAUUCCGAGACGAAGAUGCAUGUUCUUUGGCUUGGGAAUAAGUAUUAAGGGAUACGCAUCUUCUUCUUUUUUUGAAUUGGCUGCUUAUAUGUUUGUUUAUAUGGUUAGUGCCCCCUGAAACCUCUCUGUUUGAUUAAUGAAAUGAUGCAGUUUUUAUUCUAAAAAUAUUUUUGUGAGUGAAACAGGGUGUCAUAAGGGAUCACAUAAUAUUUGUAUGUUUUCUUAGAAUCAAGAAAUGAUUCUGAUUGUGUCUUCGUAAUAUGGGUCCUGUUUAUGAUCAAAGGACAAGAAAUUUCGGUCAUAAUUUUGAGAAAAUUCUGCUGAGACUGGUGCGGGAUGGGAGUUAUUGGGUAGUAUUUGGGAUAAAGGUUUAAGAUCUGCUGGUAAAAUAGUUCAGAGUGGUGGAAAAAGCACAAGAAAUGAGGUCUUUGGCCUUGACUCCGACGUGGUCUGUUGCUACUGUCUUGACGAUCUUUGUUGCCGUUUCUUUUCUCGUCGAACGAUCAAUCCACCGACUAAGCUCUUGGUUGCAGAAAACUAACCGAAAACCCUUGCUUGCAGCUGUGGAGAAAAUGAAAGAAGAGUUGAUGCUGCUUGGGUUUAUUUCUCUCCUUUUAACGGCUUCCUCAAGCAUGAUAUCCAAUAUCUGCAUACCGACGAAGUUCUAUGAAAGCAAGUUUGCUCCAUGCACCAUAUCGGAGAUUGAAAAGAAGUCAUCCCAGCACCGUAAUCUCUUGAUGGUUUCUGUUCUACCUCACUCGUUUAGGAGGAUGUUGAGUGACUUGAAUGAAAAAAAUACCUGCAGAGAGGGUCACGAGCCAUUUGUGUCGUAUCAAGGUCUCGAGCAGUUGCACCGGUUCAUAUUUGUCAUGGCAAUAACUCACAUAUCUUACAGCUGCUUAACGAUGUUGCUGACAAUUGUGAAGAUUCAUAGUUGGAGGGUAUGGGAGAUUGAGGCUCACAUGUACCGGCACGGUUCAUUAACUGAAAUCACGAGAGAGGAGACAUUGCGAAGGCAAUCAACAUUUGUCAAGUUUCAUGCAUCAAAUCCUUUGGUCAGGAAUGGUUUCCUUGUCUGGUUGACAUGUUUUUUCCGGCAAUUUCGGCAUUCGGUGGCUCGUGCUGAUUACCUUACACUCCGUGAGGGCUUCAUCAUGAACCAUAAUCUCAAACUACAAUAUGAUUUUCAUGGCUAUAUGGUUCGCUCCAUGGAAGAAGAAUUUCAAAUGAUAGUUGGUGUGAGUGGUCCACUAUGGGGAUUCGUUGUUGCUUUAGUGCUGUUUGAUGUACACGGGUCUAAUCUCUAUUUCUGGAUAGCAAUCAUUCCUAUUGCUCUUGUUCUUCUGGUGGGCACAAAGCUGCAGCAUGUUAUUGCAACCUUGGCAUUAGAGAAUGCAGGUAUAACUGGAUUCUUCACAGGAGCAAAGCUGAGGCCUCGAGAUGAUCUUUUCUGGUUUAAGAAGCCAGAACUAUUGUUGUCCUUGAUCCAUUUUAUUCUGUUCCAGAAUGCAUUUGAAUUGGCUUCAUUCUUUUGGUUCUGGUGGCAAUUUGGGUAUAACUCUUGCUUUAUUGGGAAUCAUUUGCUCGUGUAUCAAAGGCUGGCUUUGGGGUUUGCUGGACAGUGUUUGUGCAGCUACAGCACCUUGCCUCUGUAUGCACUGGUUACUCAGAUGGGAACAAACUAUAAGGCAGCCUUAAUUCCUCAAGGGAUAAGAGAGACUGUCCACGUAUGGAGAAAUAAAGCCAGGAGGAGAAGGCUUGGUAUUUUAACUGAUAACUCCACAGUAAACACGGAUACAAGCAUGGUAAUGUCAAUCGAGGAAGAUCACGAGUUGCUUGAUGAUGCCCCUGAAACCUCCAGUGGUGCAUUAACUGAGAUCGAGAUGCAACCAACUCCUGGAAGUGCAACCAACCCCUCUACAGUUGCCAAUGAAACCUCAAGCAGAGUGAGUGCACCCCUCCUUCGACCCUCCGCUUCAGUUUCUUCUUCGGUUACAUUGUCUUCCAAGAUAGAAGGUAUUUCAAGAUCUUGUUCUAUGCCAAUCCGAAGAUAAUGAAGCAAUUAUCAAUGACGAUGAAGAAAGAGAAGAAAACAAUAUCAUGAAUGAGUUUAGGCUUUAUUUGGAUUUCAGAUGUGUAGAGAGAGAUGCUUGAUCUAUCGUUCCCUAUAAUAAUCUUCAUCCCAGAGUCAUAGAACUAGAACGUCGCGAGAUAUAAGCUGUAUCAUAGUGGAUGCCAACAUACAAGAUUUUGAUUUAACAAAUUCGGAAAACUUAAGGAUGUAAACUAAACAUAAUGAUCAUGUCAGGUUCUAGUUUCUCAGCCUUUUAACCCAAGGCAACAUCCCUUUCAUAGCAGAACAAACUAAGGGUGGUUUGAAGCAUGAACUUAAAAGGAAAGAGUAACACUAGUGUUGGAUAAAACGUUACAUUUUCGGCUGAUAAUUCCAUAUAGAUCCAAAGCAAACAAAGUAUGGAUCUCCU